UUUAAGCGUUGCGGUAAACUUCGCAAUCAAAAUGAUAUGUUGCUGCCGGAUGAAACUUACGACGGCCACGGAAUACAAGCGACUGUAGCAACAGUCACUCAGCAGCCACCGCCUAACAGGGCUUCAACAAUAAAAAGCCACACAGACAUAAUAAAAAGUAAAAGUUCCAAAAAUAAAACCAAAUCGCUGAGUACCUCGCGCAAAUGCAAUGACACUCACAAUGGCCACGCUGAAGCAGUCAGCUUCAAGGGUAGUAGUAGUUGUGGCAGCAACGAAAGCAAACACAGCGGCAAUGGCGACGUCUCAUUUCCGUAUUCCACUACCAAUUUCUUUACAAACAUCCUGGACGCUUUGGGUGAUGAUAUAUUGCCACAAUGCGAAGUAUUCACACACCAACACCAACCCCAGUCAAGGGCAAGCGACGCCGAAGCGGCUCAAUGUCACAGCCUCAGCGUUAGCAUCAGCAGCAGCGAUAGCCACAGCGCCAAUGGUAGCGACAGUGGCGUACGCGUGCGUUUGACGGCCAAUCCGGAUGUGAUGCGCGUUGUUUGCGAUAAUUUCCUGCGUCGGCAUCGCAUACGUCCGGACUUCUUUUGUCAAUACCAGCAAGCGAUUAGCGCUGCUGCAUUAUUGCAACAAUCCAAACCAAAGAAUGCGAAUACAGCGACUGUUGCAUGCCAGCCAACCGUCACUGUUGACACUCAU